ACGCGAUAUCCUUACGAUUUUUGUUGAUCCCACCGAAGAUCCUGUUGCUGCUGCCGAGGGUGCAUAUUUGGGCGCCUUUAUUUUUGAUGACUUGAAAAAGCCUGAAUAUCAUAUGGUUAAGCCUAAACUUAUUUGCUACACGGACCAUCUUGAAGCUGACAUUAAAAAAAGGUAA